CGGGCUUCCUAGAGCGCCCGCGGAAGCCGUACUUCCGCCGUCCUAGAGCGGCCGCGCGGGCGCGGAGCCGGAGGGCCGCCGCCGUCCUGCGGGGCGCGAGGCUGCGUCGUCAGCGGUGUCUUCAGACAACCUAGCAAAUGAGACUGUGCACUGCCGUGCUGAGAAGAUACUCCAAGGAUACAGCAGUGAUUCAGAGAAAGCAGCAGGCUUGCUCUGUGUUCAUCUGGGUGACUCUGGGCAGCAGGAAUGCCUCCAGGCAGGUGCUAUGCUGCCCACUCAGCUCAGGCUUCAAGGCAACAAAGGCACCUUUGCACAGUAAAGAAAGAGGAGGAGGAGGAGGAUGACUGUAUUUCACUGCAGACUGCCAGGCCGCAGACACUUAACCGCCCUGGCCAGGAGCUAUUCCGUCAACUCUUCAGGCAGCUUCGCUACCAUGAGUCUUCUGGGCCCCUAGAAACUCUGAGCCGGCUCCAGGAGCUCUGCCGAUGGUGGAUGAGGCCUGAUGUUCUUUCCAAAGCACAGAUGUUAGAGCUGCUGGUGCUGGAGCAGUUCCUGAGUAUCCUGCCCGGAGAGCUCCGGACAUGGGUGCAACUUCAUUGCCCUGAGAGUGGUGCGGAGGUUGUGGCCCUGCUGGAAGAAGUGCAGAGGGAUCUUGAUGGAAAACCACUGUGGGCCCCCUGCCUUGCUCAGAAUCCAGAUGUGCAUUGGAUAGGCACUGGAGCUCUGCAGUCGCCACAGAUAUGGUCCCCUGCUUCACGUCUCAGGAAGGCUUCCGCGCUAGAGGACCACUUGGAGCCUUCACAUGGAAUAGGAGAUUGUGACUUCCUGGCUGGGCAAGCUGAUUCUCCUGAUGUCUCAGUGCCCGCCCAUUUCCAGACAGAAGAGGGCAUAGGGUACCAGGAAGCUUUGACUUUCCAGGAUGUGGAGGUGACUUUCUCUCAGGAGGAGUGGGCAUGUUUGGACUCAGCUCAGCGCAAUAUUUAUCGGGAUGUUAUGCUGGAGAAUUAUGGGAAUGUAGUUUCUGUGGUGGGGUCACCUCCCAAACCCGCACUGAUAUCCUGGCUAGAAGCACGGCAGCCGUGGGGUGUGAGUAUCUGCACAGCUCAGCUGAAGAGGGAGGCAGAGGCUGCCUCCCAAGGAGGUGAUCUCCCAAUUAAACCAAGCAAGUUCAUCUUGAAACAGGACCCUUCAGAAUACACAGAAACCUUUGCUGUGCUAUCAAUAUGUCCUGAGACAAGCGUUUCUGAAGGAACGGGGCUCAAAGACUCUUUUGAACAGAAGAGCAGGCUACAGAAGCUCUGUGUAAGCCCCAUACAAGUGAAAGAGAUGAAGGAAGAAGCUGACAUUAGUUACAGGACAGGAGGAGAACCUGGAGUAUUGGAAAGCAGUGCUAUUCUUGACGUAACUCCUGUUAAGUGUGUGAAUGUUUCUAGGAAAAAGCGAUCCUUUAAACGUGACCAUGACAGAAACUUCAGAAAAAGAUCAUACCAUUACAAAAAGAAAUACGGGGAAGAGCUCAAAGAUACAGUUGAAGGGUUUGGUAUAUAUGAGAGUGUUAGACUGAAAGAGAGUGAAAAGACCUUCAGUAAAAGCCCCCAUCUUGACUAUCAUCAGAGAUAUUAUAGUCAAGAGAAACAGUUUAAAUGCAGGGUGUGUGAGAAAGCCUUCAGGUGGCGUUCAAAUUGUGUGCGACAUGAGAAAAUUCACACUGGAGUGAAACCUUAUAAAUGCAGUUUAUGUGAGAAAGCUUUCCAACGUCGAUCAGCCUACCAUCUGCACCAGAAAACCCACUCUAAACAGAAAACGGAAUCCAGGCAGUUGAGAGACGCUGCCACCUGCAAGUUGGAUCGCAGUCAUCGUUUGAUAAACCAGCGUAAGGAGAAGCACUUGGACUGCAGCCAGUGUGGUAAAAACUUCUGCUGUAAGUCCUAUGUUCGUCAACACCAAAGGCUUCACACACAGGAGAAACCUUACAAAUGUACCCAAUGUAGGAAAACUUUUCGGUGGAAGUCAAACUUUUCUCGUCAUAAGAGACUGCACCAAAAACAAGAGUUCUGUAAACAAGAGAAAUGUGAAGAAGACUUCAAGCAGAAUUGCAGUCAGUCUGAGGUUGUCUCUACUGUGGAGAAAACUUUUCUGUGUCAGACUUGCGGGAAAACUUUUACACAAAAGAAAUCACUCAUUGAGCACCAGAGGAUUCACACGGGGGAGAAGCCAUACCAGUGUGGUGCAUGCAGGAAAACCUUCACCUAUAGGUCAUCUUAUUUUAUUCACAUGAAGCGUCAUGCUGUUAAAAUGAAACCUGAAAGUGGUCUCCCUUUGAGUCAGGAUACAGUGUUUCUUCAGAGCAGUCCCAAUACAGAUGAGCCCAACAAAUGUAAAUACUGCGGUAGAACCUUCCGCACUCUGUCAUUCCUCCUCAUUCAUCAGAGAGUUCACACCAGAGAGAAGCCCUACAAAUGCAGGGAGUGUGGAAAAGCUUUCCGAUGGAGUUCCAAUCUCUCUCGACAUGAGAGGAAACACUAUUCACCUCCACAGUGGGAGUAUCAUGAAAGUAAAGAGACUUUAGGGUUCGAGUCAACAAUCCUCACUGGUCAGAAGCCCUUUUGGUGUCAAGAAUGUGGGAAGACCUUUACACGCAAAAGAGGCCUUUUAGAUCACAGGGGAAUACACACUGGAGAGAAGCGCUUUAAGUGCAGCUUUUGUGAGAAAUCUUUCGAUAGGAACUAUCGUCUUGUUAAUCACCAGAGGAUCCACACUACAGAGAGACCUUUUCAAUCUCCGUGGCAUGAUGAAUGUUUUGUUGGGAUGCAUGCCCCUUCUGUUGAGCAGAGAAAGCACAGCAGAACACUGCAGUCUGGAUGUAGCCUGCACUCAGAGAAGCCUGGCACACCUUACUGUCGGGAUGCAAGGUUCAGUUCUCAGGAAGCAGAACUAAGUGGAAAGAAGCCCCGUAAAGAAUGCGAGAACCCUUCUGACAAGAGCUCCAGGCUCAUUCUGUUCCAGAAUGUCCGCUCCAAGACAAACUGCCACAAAUGUAGCAUCUGUGGGAAGACAUUCAGCAAGCGUUCACACCUCAUUAGCCACAAGAGAUUUCACACUCGAGAGAGGCCCUUCAAAUGCAAAGUGUGUGGGAAGACCUUCAGGUGGUCUUCCAAUUUGGCACGUCAUCUGAAAAACCAUGUUAGAGAUUAGCCCGGGGCCUCCGACAGUGGGGCUGGGCUAGUUCUUGCUUAAAUUUCUAGAGACCAUAAGUGGCAGCUACUGGGGAAACCUUUGCAAAGGCCCAGUCCUUCUGGUUUGGGAGUUUUUGGCUUCAGGCAGAGAAUAUAGAAUCUUGUCUGGUGAUGUUAGGGGGUAGUAUAGAGUCCCUUGGGUGGAGUAGAGUGAGCUGUCUGAAGACUGGACUGAAGUGAGUCCUGGGACCAACCUUUUUACAGAGGUAUUUAGUUGUGAUGAUGUCUCUGGUGGAUCCGUCUAUUAUAGGAUUACCCUGGGACCUUUUUCCUGUAAUCUUUGCUGCCAUCUUUAAGGCCUGUGUCUCAACUGCAGGUGUCAUGUGGGUUCCCAGUUAUAUUUGUCACUGCAGCCUGACUAAGCGCAUGCGAAAGCUGAGCUUGGGUGCUUAUGGUGACAGAUACUGCAAAGCAAACAACACUGCUUCUCCAUGCUGGGACGAUGAAUCGGCACUCAGAGUGUUUGCGUUGCUCUUGCCUGGGUUCUGUUCCCAGCACCCAUGUGGCAGCUCACAACCAUCUACAGUGCCAGGGAUCCCAUGCCCUAUCCCGACUUACACAUGCACCAGACAUGCACUUGGCUCACAGACAUGCGUGCAAGCAGAACACUGAAGUACAUUUUAAAAAUACACACCUGUAAUCCCAGCACUCAGGGAGGCAAAGGCAGGUGGAUCUCUGAGUUUGAGGCCAGUCUGGUCUGCAAAGCGAGUCCAGGUCAGUCAAGGCUACACAGAGAAACCUUGUCUCCAAAAACAAGAAAAGUAUUAAAAAUCUGUAUUUUAAAAUUGCGUCGCUGAAGGAUUCUCGUUCUGCCAGAUCAGAGGUGGAGACUUGAUCAGACAGGUUGGGGUCCUUCAGAAAGCAGGCCGGGAGUCUAGUAGCAGAUAAAAGUAUGCUCAGAAGUGCACAGCUCCUAGGCAGGGGUGCCGCUGUAGACGCUUUUAAGUAGAGUGCUGGUUGACAGCUUCUGGUUGUCUUGGCAACUGUGUCUAAUCGUACACUUGAGCUUGGCCUGGAAAGCACAGGCUUCUUUCAGCAUGGCUUUCUCCCCACUGUCUGAGGAACUGGAGUGGGAGUGAGGAUAGACAGGUGUGUGGAGACCAUCAUGGAGUGAUGUCAGGUGGCCUCUGAGCUGCUCAGUGUGGGGAGCUCCAUCCUUACCGAAGACUGUCAGACCACGGUGUGCAGAGAAGAGACCAGAUGGACUAUCUUGUCACUCUUAUGAAAGUUAGUUUUGAAAGCUUAGGUGAAAUGGGCGGAACACCUGGAAUUCAGAGUUCUUUGUAAGUGGAAAUUAAGACAGACUGCCAGGUAACUCGGAAAACCUUACAAGACUGUGAAUCCCCCGGUGAGUUCUGUCUGUUGGUCCUGGAUCAGUGUGAAGAACGAUGAGUGAGUCCACUCACUGCAGCACGUCUGGAUGGUGGGGCUGGUGGAGCCCUGUUUGCCGUCAGCAGAGCAGCGCAGGGGCCACUGGCACUUCAAGAAGAUACAAGACUCAGUGUGGUGGUGCAUGCCUGUAGUCCUAACAUGGGAUGCUGAACAGGAGGAGCAAAAGGAGGCUGUCUCCGCAAUCCCCACCAGCAGCACAACAAAAAGCCAAAACGGUGACUAUGCAAGAGUGAGCUCCAGUUCGGAAAACUGCACUGUGAGGUGCAGCGGCUCUGUAUAAUCUGCUGUGUACAUAGUUUCCGUGUGUGAAGUGGACGUCACUUGGGUUUCUGUGAGGGGGUGGAGGAGUAGACCUGAUAGGGUGGGGUCACUAAUGAAAUGCAUGUGUGACAUUGAGACUAGUCGUGUAAACAUCCCUGAUGCCUACUAGAGUUAAUGCUUUGCACAGCUGUGGAUUCAAAGACACGAAAUAAGAGUAUAGUUAUGAAAUAGGAUGAUGUGUGCUAACCAUUGCUCCAUAUUACCCCGGUGUGAGGUGGUGGUGAAAUCGGAAUGGAUAUGUGGGGCCGUCACUUGUUUUUCUAAAAGUUCUUGCAGACACAUCCUCUAAAGCUGUGAUUUACCUGCUGCUACUGAAGUGGUCUGUUCGCCCGUCCUCCCAACACUCUCGCUCGCGCUCUCCCUCUCUCUCUCACUCUGAUAGGUCAUUGUGGGUGUCCACAGAGAUUUGUCUGCCUCCAGAGUGCUGGGAUUAGAGGUGUGCACACCACACCUGGCCCACUUCAUCUCUUAAAUUCUCAGCAUUCUUAUCUGCUCAAUUUGAAAUAGCACAAAAUAGCUGUUGGCAAAGGAAUGGUUAAACGGCUGCAGUGUGGCAGCGCAGUGUGCCAGUCUGAAGAAAGCCAGGGCGCUUUGUGUCUCAGCACCACCCCCAACCUCUGAGAUUGUGAGCUGUUGCCACACUAGCUCUUGCCAAAAAAGGGAAACUAGAAGACAGACAGUUGUGAUGAUGACGUGGGACUUGGGACAGUGAUGCCUGUUAGGCAUCCUCCUUUCCUGGUGGAUGGAAGAGAUGAGUAUUUAUGUGCCAGGUGCCACAUUUUUUAAGUUAACACUGCUAAAAAUGGCAAAAUUGUGUCAGCCGGGGUUUAAUGAAAAUCCAAAAACAACUGUACUAAUUAUUGCAACAACUUGGAACUGUUGACUGUAUAUGUUGAGGUAAAGAGAGAGAAAGAAUGUCAGGCUGUAUUGAGGACAAGCUGCUCCAGAGGCCAGAAUAGGUUCACAUAGGACCAAAUAUUCUGCAAUGAAUGGCUGGGGAAGUGUGGCUGAGGGAAGGCUGGAGGGGCUCAGCUUUGGUCUGUAUUGGGCAGGAUUUACCCACUGGUGCACAUUAAAAACUGUUCUGUGCUGUUGUGAGUGUUCGUUUGUUGUCAAGCUUUUACAAGUGCUUAGAUUCCCCCAUCCCCUGUGAAUGAGGGAAAUUGCUAGGAGCCAACAGUUGAAGCUUUUCAAUAGCAGUGAAUAGACUUCUCCAUCUGGUCUGGCAGCCCAGAGCUAGGAACUGUUAGCCAAGCGUCUCUUGUCAACCAGGUGGAAAUGCACACAGACUAUUGUAGCGCCAAGGACCACAGAGUGUCUCAGAGUCACACCUGCUCUAGGAGGUGUGAGCCACUCUAGUCAAGGGUGGCUUCUCAGACUCGAUGUUUAGAUGGCCUUGACGCUGGUCUACAGUGUCUGUGUGGGAGCCUCCUCUAGCUGUGAUGUGACUGGUGGACAGUGUACAUACAUUCCCUCAUUUGCAUUCCUCUCAGAUCCUCUCCUGGACAGUCCAGCCUAUUCAGCCACUGCUCUGGUGGUGCAGCCUAAGUCCAGUUAAAGGCUGUGGUGGUACAUUAGGAAAAGCUCUCUCCAGGCUGGAACUUGUGCUGAACUUCCUGGCCAAACAACUAACACACUUGAGGUCACUUGAGGCCUUCCUAGUGUGUGCUGUCUUUUUAACCUGCCUUUUUCAUUGUUUUUGGGCUUUCAAGACAGGGUUUCUUUGUGCAGCCCUGGCUGCCCCAGAUCCUGCCUCUGCCACCUCAGUGCUGGCAUUAAAGGCGUGGUACUACCAUCCGGCUACCUUUAACCUGCCCUAAGGUAGCACUGUAACAACCAACUUUAUUUGCCUUGGCAAUCACCUUUUAUAAUGUAAGCUAAUAGAAUUUUAAAUUAUGUAUUCUUCCAUGCUUCCGACCCAGAGAAAAUGCCUGCCUGUCUGUCUGUCUGUCUGUGUGCCGUGGUGAUACAUGCUAAUAGCUGGAAAGCACCCUCCACAGUAAAUACCCGCCAUGAAUGGCUAGAAACAGCCUAGUUACUGUUUGAUAACUGAAUGUUGGCUUUUUUCGUGUCUUUGAGUCAGGUGAAGCCAGGAAUAUUUAAUCCUGUGUAAAACUCUGUAAAGCGUCUCUCAGUCUUCCCGGUGUGGUGCUGUGUUGCCCAAUAAGAAAGCAAAGCCCUUUCUUAGAAGCACGUGGACAGAUACCCAAGGCGGCAUUCAAGCAGGUGCAGACUCAGACUACAACACACGGGAGUGUUGGCCCUGCUCAGACGGAGAGAUACCCUGGGAAUCCGGAGCCCAGGAACCACAGCUCUGAGAGGCCUCCCCAGCAGGCGCACUGCAGCUCCCAGGAGGGUUUUCCCAGUCAGGAGCUCCGGAGCCUCAGCCCCACUUCACUGCUUUGCUUUUUCCCUUCUCUUGAUUGCUUCCAGUGAGUCACAGGCAGAAAAUCUCACAAGAGACUUAAUGGGAGGAUCCAGGGUGCAGGGGACAGCUCCAGGGGUGGCUGCUCCUGCUCCCAGGAGAGGACAGCAGGGGACUGAGCAGAUGCAGCCUUUAGGAGUAAUUUCCUAAGGGGUAGAACUUUUAAGGGCAGAGAUUUCCAGAGUGAGAAUUGGUCUUUCAAGUCCUGAGCAUGGGGGAAUGGUGGGUUUUCAGACUUUUCACCUAAAAUUAGCAUAACCAAUGAUACUGAGGGGCUGGAGAUGACCUUUGUGACAGACUGGAACCCAUGUUAUGACAAAGAUGUCUGGCGGAAGGGCCUGACACUUUUUGUGUUUACAAAGUUUACAGAGGGAGUCUAGGGCAGGGAAACGUUCCUUGCUGCUUGAGUUGCCAUGGACAGCCAACAGGUUACAGACAGGAGAGACCUGGAAUCUCAUUCUUGGUUAAACUACUCCAAAGGAAAGCACUUUGAUAUUUUUUUCCCCUUAAUAUUACACUGAUAACAUUUGGGGUACUCUGAGGUUGUUACUAGUUUGUUUAAAUUGACCCAAAUUUUCCCAAAUUGUCUUUUCUAAUGAGAGCGGGCUGAGCUUGUUUUUUGGACUCUCCAAGAUGUGUUUGCCUCAGGCUUUGCUCACCCUUUUAUCUACAAUAAACUUUUCUCUUCCACCUGA